AUGUAUUAUGUUGUGCAACGAAGUAUACACUCCAGGGCAUGUAUUAUAAAAGUACGUGAGCCUUCAUUGACCGCAAAUUGUGAUAAUAAUGAAAAUUCAUCAUUACCGUCAUCUCAGUCACUAGCACGACAAUCAUCACAACUAAAAUCACCAAUGACAACGACAUUUCUCCAACAAGCUUUUGUGCUAACACGAUUACGGCAAUAUUGCGACGAUUUGAUUGUGAGAGAUAUAUCUUUUAUAACAAUUUAUUGA